GGGAACGAAGCGGUGGGUGAAAGUGUUCUGUUCUUCAAUUCAAAACUCGAUUUUUUCCGUUUUCAAAGACGAAGAGGAGCCGCAACUGAUUAUCUCGUUGUUUGAAAACUGCAAAGAAAAGAGGACGCGCUUCCUUUUUCUAUAACUUCUCUUCAGGUCUUUCUCCGUUUGAUCUCCAUCUAUUUCUCUUGAGGCGAUCAGCGGGGAUUUUGUGUGGAGGGCCUUUGAUCUGAAGCCGGCUGAUUGCCAAGAGAGUCGCAUUUCGAAGGCCAGGGGGACGAAAGCGCGCUGUUUGGACAAAGGUGACAAUGCCGGAAAUUCAGUUGGGUGCUCACAAUUUAAGAUCCCAUGGAGCAAAAGUAUUUAAAUUCCACAAGCAUGAUUGGAUCAUACUAGUACUUCUUGCCAUUAUAGAUAUCAUAUUGAAUGUCAUAGAACCCUAUCACCGCUUUGUGGGAGAAUAUAUGAUGACAGAUCUUAGAUAUCCAAUGAAGAGCAACACUGUUCCAUUUUGGGCAGUCCCUUUGAUAGCUGUCGUUUUGCCCAUUUUUAUUAUCAUCAGUAUAUACUUUAAAAAGAGGAAUGUCUAUGAUCUGCACAAUGCAAUAUUGGGCCUCCUUUUUUCUGUGCUUAUUACUGCGGUCUUAACUGAUGCAAUAAAGGAUGCUGUUGGUAGACCACGACCAGAUUUCUUUUGGCGUUGUUUUCCAGAUGGAAUUCCUCGAUAUGAUAACUUUACCACGAGCGUUAUAUGCCAUGGAGAGAAAAGCGUUAUCAAGGAAGGGCACAAGAGUUUUCCUAGCGGGCAUUCUUCAUGGUCUUUUGCUGGUUUGAGCUUUCUUUCAUGGUAUCUAGCCGGGAAAAUCAGAGUUUUUGAUAAGAGGGGCCAUGCAGCCAAACUUUGCAUAGUGCUACUUCCUGUUCUAUGUGCAGCCCUCAUCGCAAUCUCUCGCGUGGAUGACUACUGGCAUCACUGGCAAGAUGUAUUUGCUGGGGGAUCUUUAGGACUAGUGGUUUCUUCAGUUUGUUAUUUGCAGUUCUUCCCUCCCCCUUACGAUGCAGAUGGUUGGGGACCUCAUGCGUAUUUUCGAGUGCUUGCAGAGGCGCUCAACACAGCAGCUUCGACUACUACGAAUGCCCCUAAUAUGACGAGGCCUGCAGAGAUGCACACCAUCCAUAUUGCAUUAGAUGGGCAGAAUCCUUAUGCUUCGCGAGACUCGAGCCCAAUGUUCAAUGGCAUUGAAGCUGGUGGUGCUGCUGCUGCUCGGAGGCAGUAAAUUUCCUGAACCAGUUUUGUACUUCUAGCAUGUUUGUUUUGGAUCUAUCAUACUAGAAAUCUUCAGUAGGGUUGAGAUUUAUUAUUUUAAGUUUUUUUUUUCUUUUUUG